GGUUAUCUUUGCACUGUUAACUGUUAUUCCCACGAUUUUUUCAGUUACUUGAACUAUCUGAAUAUUAUUAAAAAUUACCAAAAAUCCAACAAUUUUCGUUUCAAAGUUGUAUAGAAUAAUGGGUCGCCGAAAACCUGGUUUUAGAAAAAAUCAUCAUUUUAACCAUAACAAAGCGCCGGCACAGCAAGACCAGGAAAAGUCGAAAGAUACUCGUAAACCUUACAAUGAUAUCGUAAGAGAAAAUGAAAAAUUCAUCAAAUAUUAUCAGGUUCAGAAAGUUUGUAAAGAAGAAGAAUUUGACGAAUUUAUUAGAGUUCUCAAGACAGAUUUACCAGCCACAUUUAGAAUUACAGGUUCUAAAGAAGUUGUUUACAAAAUGUUAGAAAUCGUCGAGGAACAACUUAUAAAGGAUUGCAUCAACCAGACUGAUGGCGGUGAAAAACCUUUAAAUAUAUUCCCCUUACCAUGGUAUCCGAACAAGUUAGCUUGGCAAAUGGAUUUAACCAGAAAAGAUAUACGAAGGUGCGAAGCAUAUUAUAAAUUGCACAACUUUUUGAUAUCGGAAACUGAGAAUGGUACGAUUUCACGACAAGAAACUGUUAGCAUGAUUCCGCCUUUAGUUUUAGACGUGCAGUCGCAUCAUAAGGUGCUGGACAUGUGUGCAGCUCCAGGUUCAAAAACCGCUCAGCUCUUAGAACUGCUGCAUGCAAACGAUGAACCCAUACCAUCUGGGUAUGUAAUUGCGAAUGACGUGGACAACAAACGUUGCUACAUGUUGGUUCAUCAAGCGAAGAGGCUAAACUCCCCCUGUGUUGCUGUUAUAAAUCACGACAGCGCCAUUUUGCCUAACUUACAAGCGACUUUACCGGAUGGUUCACGUCAACAAGUACAGUUUGAUAGAAUAUUGUGCGAUGUUCCUUGUUCGGGAGAUGGUACGUUAAGGAAGAACCCAGAUAUUUGGUUAAAGUGGACUGCGGCUAAUGGACUCAAUUUACACGGGGUCCAAUCAAGAAUACUCAAACGAGGUGCCGAGUUAUUGGCGGUCGGUGGAAAAUUAGUUUAUUCAACGUGUUCUAUAAAUCCCAUCGAAAACGAAGCCGUUAUCCAUAGACUUCUACGUGAAACCAACGGAGCGUUGGAACUGAUCGACGUUUCUGAUUCGCUACCUGGAUUAAAAUUCAAUCCAGGCAUGGAAGACUGGUUAGUCUCCAGUAGAAAUCUGGAGUUUUAUAAAACCUUUGACGAAGUCGACGAAAAGUGGAGGACAACAAUCAGGCCGCAAAUGUUCCCCCCCAAGCCUGAAGAUAGAAGUAAAUUUCAUUUAAACCGAUGUAUAAGAAUAUUGCCGCACCAACAGAAUACUGGCGCCUUCUUCGUUGCCGUUUUAAGCAAACUGAAACCUUUACACUCCAAAGAAAAAAUGGAUGAAGUUGAAACGGAAAUCGCACCGAAUCCUUCCGAAAGUAAAAAACGCGAUAACGAAGAUAACUUCCAGCAAUCUCAAAGAAAGAAGAGGAAGAAAGGCGUCUAUAACGAAGAUCCGUUCGUGUUUUUCCAGGAAAACGAGGCGGUGUGGGAUGACAUCAAAUCGUUUUAUUCGAUAUCCGACGACUUUAAUUCCAAGUGUCUGUUGACGAGGUGCCGCGUCGGUAAAAAGAAAAAUAUUUACUUGACGUCCGAAGCUAUACGAGAUCUAGUGGUGACUAAUCAAGGUUCUAUUAAAUUCAUUAAUACAGGAGUGAAGGCGUUUGUUAGGUGUGAUAACAAGAACAUGAAGUGCGCUUUCAGGAUAGCGAACGACGGGUUGGAGAGCGUCUACCCGUACAUCGGAAAUGACCGUAAAGUACGCAUACCCAAAGACGACUUAAUAACUCUGUUACUGAACGACGAUCCCCAGCAUUCCCCGCCCAUAGUGACUUUGUCGGAAAGCCUACAGCAGCAAGUCCAAGACUUAAGUCCCGGCAGCUGCGUCUUGAUUUAUAAGGAAGAAGAGAAGUCGGAUGGUACCCCGUUUGUGAUUCAUAUCAGCGGCUGGAGAGGGACGACUUCGCUUCGGUGCUAUAUGGAUCGGCAUAGUACUUUCCAUUUGUUGAGGUUGUUGGGUGGAGAUAUAUCCAAGUACAAUGUCAACAAGUUCCAAAAGCCGGAAUGUGAAAAAGAGGAUGCGGAAGGUGAAAAAAGUAUUGUAGAGGAUAAGGAGAAGAGUUAAUUUAUAUUUAUUAGGAAUGGUCCUUGGGGAAAAAAUAAUUAUAGUAAAAUAAAAA